CAGGAAACAUGGCAGCUACUCCUACCAACCCUGAUGACAUUUCAGUGUCUGUUGCUCGUAUUUUGAAUGAAAAACACUGCCCUGAACACUUACAAAUCUUAAAAAAUUUUACGACUGCGUUACGGGACCGGGAUUACAGGGAUUCUGUCGAAAGAGAGGCGUUCUCCAGUCUUCUCAAAGUCUUAUCCAGGCUCUGUGAGGAGUUGCAAGCUUCCGGUGGCACAAAUUGCAACCUAAAAUUGCAGCUUACUGCUGAGUGCUUUCGAGCUCAGAGGAACUCCUGUGUGCAAAGUCCCCGCAAUCAGUGCCUGCUCAGGGAGCUUGGUUUUGUUGAUGUUUCCCUCCGGCUAUUGAGAUUCCUGCACACAAAUGCAAAGAGCCGGGAUGGCGUCUUUGAGCCUCUGCGUUGUGGGAUCCAGUCUCUUGGUAAUUUAGCUGUGGGGAACCAAGUGUGUAAAGAGGACAUUUGGCGGCUAAGCUUUCCAGAUCUCAUCUUGCAGCUGCUUAACGUUGAUGAUGAGAAGACUGUGAGUUACACCUCCAUGGUGCUCCACACGUGCCUGGAUGAAGCCAAGGCGGAGGAACUGUCCGAGCCGCAGAACAUCCAGCUGGCGCUCAAGGUGAUGGAGCUCUGCAGGACACAACCUGAGCUGGACUGGACGGUCCUCAUUGCAACUCAGCAUUUUCUCACGUCUUCAGCUCUGGUUGAAAACAUGUAUGCUGCAAUGUCGUCCUGUGAAAGACUGACCCUGUUAGAGCUGAUCUCGGCCCAGCUAAGUGGUGACGAGUCCCAAAAUUGUGGCGUCCCUCCCAACGUGGCUUGCUUCCUCGCCUCUUCCUUCCAGAAAGGCUGCGGAGCCGUGUUGACCCUUGCCACUGGCUCUGCCUCCAGCGAUGAGGUCCUGCAGGAGGUGCUGACAGUGAUCAGUCUUCUUGACGUGCUAUGCGAGAUGACCUCCCACCAAGCGCAGUUCCUACAGGACCAACCGGACCUUUUAGUGACGACUGUAGAACUCCUAAAGCAGGUCCAUGCCAUCGGAAAGGCUAGCAAGAACAUUUUCAGCUCGGCUCAGAAUUUCUCCUCCUCCAACGAAGAGGACAACACUUUUUCCCACUCACCUGUCAUCAGUUUUAAGGCUCACCUCAUCAGGCUGAUUGGAAACCUGUGUUACACCCACACCAUCAACCAGAACAAGGUCAGAGAACUGGAAGGCAUCCCCCUCAUUCUGGACAACUGCAACAUAGAUAGCAACAACCCAUUCAUCAGUCAGUGGUCAAUCUUCGCAAUCCGGAACCUCUUGGAGCACAACACGAAGAAUCAGGAGCUGGUGGCCUCACUGGAACAACGAGGACCUGCCGAGUAUUCCGCGCUCAGGGAAUUGGGCUUCCAGGUGGAGGAGAGAGAUGGCAGUUUGCUGCUUAAACCAGUCAGAAAGGAUGCAUGACCUCGGCCCAGGUUUUAAUGUGAACAAAAUAGGGAGGAAUCAUGAACAUGCUUCCAGUAAUGCUAUCCACUACCUUAACAACACUAUAGCACUUAUAGGGCUUCUCCGCGCAGACAGUAUUAAAGGUGCACAGGCUCUCCCUGCCGGAAAAGCUAAGCUUUAGGACCUCUUCUAUUGUCUCGCCCCAAAUUCUGGGAAAUGAAUAGAGGCCUCGCUUGUACCAAUUGGCAAAGCUAAUUCUUUGUGCUGUAAUCCAAAGACAAAUAACUCCACAGUGUCCAGGCUUUUCUUUUGGAGAAUCUAAUCUCUCCAUCAGGGUUAAAUACCAUGCAGAAUCACAUUGACUUCUGCAGUAAAUGAAUGAAUGAAUGUAAUACGUAAUAUAUAAACAUAGUAAUGUUGCCUCUAUUGGGUGCUCAUAAUCCAAAUUUAACGCACUGUAUUGUAGAGCAAUGCUGCGUCAAAGGGCUUAAGACAUUCAAUCUAGCUAUUUGAGUUCUUUACACCUUCACCUUGUCUGUUUAAGUUACACCGCACUUCUUUCCUUCAGCUUUAGUCAACAGAACCUAUCAUUUGCUUUUCUUCUGGUGAUUAGUGGUAGUGUCAGAAGCUGAACAGUGCUGACACCUCAACAAUGUGGCGCUUUUCAGGCCUGCCACACCCUGUUUUUUAAAUGACAAGAUGCACUGAAACAAUCAACCGGACUCUCCCCUCAAUCCGCCGCCAUGGUGGAGGGAGCUUAUAUGGUUCCGGUCCCCAAGGAUUUCAGACAGCUAACAAAACAGUGGUUACUUGCGCUCCAGCGGCUGGCUGCAAUGCUUUUGAGCCUGACAGGAAAAAGGCUGUGCGAGUCAGCCAGGGUCUGAAUGAGGCAGCAUGGCCACGGCCGUUUGGUCACCUCCACACAUUACUCUGGGCUUUACCAUAUCAGCGUUUUAUACCACAUCGUGUUCCUGUCUCCCAGAUACAAAAUACUUUAUUGGGCUUAAUAAACAUUUGUUUGCGACACAAAACAUUUUGUAUGACUUUAUUUAAGCCAAGAAUGUAACAUAAAACACAUAUUGGGGAGAUGACUAGUAGAAACACUGUGAUGCAAGCUUGGUUUCUGGGCUACCUAAAUAAAAACUAUUUACAAGAAUAGAAAUCGCAAAUAAUUUAAAGCUCUCAAAAGGCACAAUAGUAAACACUAUUUUAGUAAACACCUUUUCAAUGGUGACGCUCUUUCCCCCAUGUAUAAAUGACAUAAAGUGCCACGUUCUUCAUAUAAAAAUAUACUCUUCAAAUUGUUCUGUAAGUUCGACAAUGGGUGAUGGACCAAAAAUAGCUGCUGUGUGGUUAAGACACAUGCCAUCCACCCAGGCGGGCUUAAACCGCGCUUUUGUGUGCGCCAUUCAUGGGAAUGCUCGCUGUAUUCCAACCUGGUCGUAGCAAACAAAACAAUGAACACAGUCGGGGAUGGAAAGUGCCGUUCACACUCAAGCUUGAAGGCUAAAAAUAGAACUGCCAUACCUCAUGCUUAAUCAAUAGCUUAAUACAGGGGUGUCCAAACUUUUUCAACAAGGACCACAUACACAAAAAUUGAAGGAUGCACAGGGCCACAUUGAUACAUGCUAAAACCAGUCCAAUAUCAUGUUGGUCAGUGUAUGCUAAGCUAUCUGAACAAAACAUCAACAUAUUAGCGUUGUGUUAUGGGUGGCAAAGCAAAUUAGUAUAAUAUGGAAUUAUAGAUCUCAUUAAGGAUUUUAUUGUAUUUUUAAAAUAUGCAUGGGACCAAUCAAAAAGAAGUUGUAGGACAAAUAUUGCCCCCUGGCUUACUAUGUGACAGGCUACACGUAAUGGCUGCAAAUGGCAGAUUUGACUAUUUCAUCCACUUUGCAUCAACAAAGAAGAAAAAGGUGAGUUGUUGUUUCCACCCACUAUGAGUCUAACAUAAAUAUUUAGUUGUCAUUUCAGUGUUCAAACAGAAUACAGUGCGAGUCAUAUUCUAGCUUUUGACCAUUUGCAUGAUCACAGAAUUAUUUGCCUUCUGUCUGUGACAUUUUUUCAUUUGCCUUUUAAAAACAAAUCCUUUCUCUUGCAGGAUGCUUCAGACCAGCAACUCCAGUCUAAAGUCGUCCUUAACCAUCCUCUGUAAAGAAUUUCAAAUAGGAUGUCAAAAUGUGCAAAAUCUUGAAUAAAUACUUCCUUUUCCUCCUUCUCCCGCUCUACUUGCAGGUGAAAAUCUCAGAUUUCUCACUGCAGGUGUUGCAUUUGACAAAGCAGCACCAGUGGAAUUUGCAGUUGCACUGCCAGACCCUCGUGUAGUGGUGCAAGUUGUACCCCCUGCCGCAGCACAUCACGUUGCAGCCGUCCGUUUGCGCCGAGGUGCCGUUGCACAGUCUACCCCGCGUACCCGUGCUCCCAGUGGCCCUGUCCUCCUCGCAGUAGUUGGGCGAGCGCUCCAGGUACACCAAAUCGGUGUCGGGGGGCUUCUGGUAGCCCCGACCCUCUUUGAGGCGCAGAAAGGAAGGUUGGCGGAGACGGGAAGCGUGGACCGGCUCGACUUGAACGGCAGCGCUGUAACGCUCCUUUAGCAGGUAACCGAUCUCUCUGAACUUUGGGAGGGUGAUCCAGCAGGUCUUAGUAGUGCAGGAACCAGACACGCCAUGACACUUGCACUCCAGCUUCAUCCUUUCUUCAAGGAUCUGACAACAGAGAGAGUGUCGUCAGUGUAUAGCUUGUAUCACGGUCGCUGAUAACUACUGUGUCUGGACACACUUUACAAUGAUGUACACAAAAAUACAGUAGUUAUUGAGGAACUAAUAGAGAACUAAUGACUAAGGCAUAUAAAUUUAGACUAGUUACUGAGGAACUAAGGCACAUACAUUUA